CCUUGUCUCCGGCUUCGCACAGCAGGUAAUCCGGGAGCCUCCGGGUCGGCGCGCUGCUCGGUGACCGAGUCCUGCACGAAGGAUGUGCACUACAGCUCUGGCCUCAUAGUUCUGGAAACUUACCCCGGAGCAGGAGAUGAACAUAUCCUGGGGCUCGGUGUUGUUCGAGGACAUAUCUGUGGACUUCACCCAGAAGGAGUGGCAGCUGCUGAACCCUGCCCAGAGGCUCCUGUACAAGGAGGUGAUGCUGGAGAACUACAGGCAGCUGGUGUCACUGGGGCACUGUGUCACCAAACCUGAGCUGGUACUCAAGCUGGAGCAAGGAGAGGAGCCAUGGGCACCAAAGAGGGAGCUUCCAAGUCAGAGUCGCCCAGAAAUCCAGAAAGCCAAUAACAUGAAAGAAAGAAGCCAAGAAAAGGAAGAUAAAUAUUCGAGGCAAGCUUUAUUCUUCAACAACAGAAUAUUGACUAAGGAGAGAAGUAAGACCUUGGGAGAAACAUUUAAUAUGGCCACAAACCCAGUGCCCUCAAGAAAAAUAUCCCAUAAAUGUGACUCCUUUGGAACAAGCUUGAAAAGUGUUUCAGAAUUAAUUAUUAGUAAUAGAAACCAUGUAAGAAAAAAGUCUAACGAUAUCAGUGGAUGUGGAUUCCUUGAUACUGUGCAUGAGAAAAGUCAUACAGGGAACAAACCCUAUGAAAAUGAUCACAGGAAGAAAUCCCACAGACACAAUGAGGACUUAAUUCAACAUGAGAAGAAUUCGGUUUUGGAGAAAACUCUUGAAUAUAAUAAUUGUGGAAAGAACUUUCACAAAAAGACUGCCUUUGUUACACAUAAGAGAGCUCACAAAGGAGAGAAACCCUCUGAAGGUAAUGAAUACAGACAGGCCUUCACCCAAAAAUUAAAGCUCAGUGCUCACCCGAGAACCCUUAAAGAAAGGAAACUGCAUGAAUCCAAUAAAAAUAGGAAACCCUCAUGCAUGAAGUCAAUAUGCGUACAUCAGAGAACCCACAUAGGGGAGAAACACUAUGAUUGCAAUAAACUGGGGAAAUCCUUUAGCAAGAAGUCAGACCUUACUCAACAGCAGAGACCAUACAGAGGAGGAACACCUGAUGAGUAUAAUGAAAGCGAGGACGCCUUGCAGAAGUCAUACCACGCUCAGAGUGAGAGAACUCAUGCAGGAGAGGAAAUCCAUGACUGUGAUAAAUGUGGGCAGUCCUUCCACAAAACGCCAUGCUUUGCUCAACGUCAGAGAACUCACACAACAGAAAAACCUAGUGAGUGUCAUGAUAGUGAGAGAGGCAUAAAGAAGGAGUCACACCUCACUAGAAGUCAGAGAAUUAACAUCGGAGAGAAAAGCUUUCAAGGUGGUAAAUGUGAGAAAUCCUCCUGUGAGAAGUUAAAACUCACUCGACAUCAGAGAAUGCACCCAGGGAAGAAAACUGCUGAGUGUCACAGAAGCGGGAGGGCCUUCAAUAAGAAGUCACACCUCACUCAAAAUCAGAGAGCUCACAAUGGAAAGAAAGCCUAUGACUGUAAUAAAUGUGGGAAAAGCUUUCAUAAGAAAACAGACCGUACUCAACAUCAGAGCACACACACAGGGAAAAAGCCCUAUGAGUGUAACGAAUGUGGGAAGUCCUUCUUUGUGAAAUCCAACCUCACCGAACAUCAGAGAACUCACACAGGAGAAAAACCGUAUGAAUGUAAUGAAUGUGGGAAGUCCUUUUGCCAGAAGUCAGCCCUCACAGUGCAUCAGAGAACUCACACAGGAGAGAAACCAUAUCAAUGUAGUGAAUGUGGGAAAACCUUCUGUGUGAAAUCAAACCUUACUCAACAUCAAAGGACCCACACAGGAGAGAAACCCUAUAAAUGCAACGAAUGCUGGAGAUCUUUCUGUGUGAAAUCCAACCUGGUUGUGCAUCAGAGAACUCAUACAGGAGAGAAACCCUACAAAUGCCCUGAAUGUGGGAAAACCUUCUAUGAAAAAUCAGCCCUCACAAAACAUCAGAGAAUUCACACAGGGGAAAAACCCUAUGAAUGUAAUGAAUGUAGAAAAACCUUCAGCCAGAGGUCAGCCCUCACCAAACAUCAAAGAAAAACACACAAGAAGAAAACUCCCAUCAAUGUUGGCUGCAUGCAGAAACCUACAUCUACAAAUCAGACUCGUUGAACAUCAGCAAAAUCACAGGGCAGGAAAGCUAAGAUGUCAACACAUGUAGGAAAGUCUUCAUCCCAAUUGGUUAUAGCUUAUUGGAACUAGAGGAUUAAUAGAGGAGUGAAACCUUUUGAAUGCUUUGAACAUGUGAAAGCUUUCAACAAGCAGUCAAAGGUAUUGAGGGGAAAUUUAUCACUUUAAGGAAUAUGGAUAAAAAUGUUCUUGUGGAAAUGUUGUUUAACUAGAAGUCGUAUUUCAGAUGUGAUACCAAACUUAUUAGAGAAAGGAUAACAGAAAAUAUUCUGUUAAUAGAUUGUGAAAUGUGUACCUUUUGUAAAAGCAGGAAUACUUUAAGUCGUUGAUAUAAUAGCAUCAAGUAUAUAUGUGAAGACUUCCUGAGGUAUAUUGAAAUAUAUAUGUGGGCAUAUGGUACAUGAGCAUGCCGUUUAACAUGAAUUAUGUAUAUGUCGGAUUUGUGAUCCAACCCACUACUGUCUCUGAAUCACAACAAUGUGGUUUAUAUAGACUAAGUGAAAACCGAGCAGUCACACAACCUGUGACCCGACAGUCCCACUUCUAGAUACAUACCCUAGGGCAAUAGUUCUCAAUGGGGCAUCCUAAAAGAUGUCUAGAAAUACUGGGAUGGUUUGGUUGUCCCUGUGACAGGGUGUUAUCUGUGGUUACAGUGUGGGAGAGCCAAAGAUACCAAAUGUCCCGCAGUGUUUCAGUAAAAGGACAGGAAGAAAAGGCUCACCUGCAGUUUCCAUCACAGAAAAACACCACCCUGGAGAAACUCUCGCAUGUGUGCACCCACAGACAUAUACCAGAAUGUUUGUGACAACAUGGCGAUACUUCUUGUAGUAACAGUUUACAAAAAUGGAAAGUAAGAAAUGUCCAUUAACAAUAGACUGGGUUAAUAAAUGUUGGUUAUGGUCAGACCAUGGGGAUAAGGUUCAGCAAUGAAAAUGAAUUAAUGAGUUAAACACUUCCAGAUUAUUAUACCUUCAUGUUGAAUGAAAAAAAUAUAUAGAUAUCAUGUAACUGUAUUUCAAAAACAAAGUUCAAAAAGCAAAGAAUUCAGCAGUACGUUGUUUAUAUAGAGAGAGAUGUAGAGAUAGAGAAGUAUACAUGUGAGCAAAGUACAAAGGAGAGCAAGUGGAUGAGUAACAAAAUCUAGGAUAGCAGUUACGUCUGUGGAGGAAAGAGGGACUUACAUUUACAGACAGAGAGAGCUUCAUGUUUCUCAAAUGACUCAUGAGUAUACAGGUAUCACUUUUAAUAUUUUAUAUCAUAUAUAUGCAUACAUACCUAUUUCUGUUUAUAGACUCAUUUUCAAGACACAGGCUUCAAGGUAAUUGUAUUCGAAUGUUAGCAAAGGUGGUGUUUUGGCAUAAAGAUCAUAGUUAAGUUUUUUUCAUUCAUCUAUUUUUCUGGAUCCAGAAUUUCAACAAUGAUGUUUUCAAGAGUCUAAACCACUCAUCUCUGCACCUCACCGUCUCGAUUUUCUUUAUUAUAUUUUUCCUUUUGCUCCCUAGUAAAAUUAGUCCUAACUUUUUAAAAAUAAUAAGGUGAACAUUGACCAAGAUAGAAAAAGCAAAG